AGAUAAUAGGCACACGGGCAGUAAGUUGCCGACGCCCAGAUGGGUCGGAGCUCGUCAGCUGGUUCUCGCCUGUGAUGCCAGUAGUAGUGUCGGGGCCUCCGAACAUCGCCGACCUGUGCCAGUGCUCCGCGUGAGGGGACGUUGCCGAACUCUGUCAGUGACUCGAGAGUGACUCUUUGAAAGUUGUGAGGAUUUCGCCCCUGAUGCCGCGCGGUGUGUGAGUGCCGUCGGUGAGCAGGAAGGAAGGAAGGAAGGAUGGCCAGCGACUCCGACCUCCAGCUGGGGGGCAGCGGGGGCCUGGAAGGGGUGGCGCACCCCGGCCUCUACCGCGAGGCUCCGAGGCUGUUCGAACCGCACCCGCGCCUUUACGACCCGCGGCCGCAGGUCGACCGCACCUCCUUCGAACAGACGGAAGCAGGCAAGUUCCUCGCCGACAGGAUUUUUCUGGAGAAGACCGUGUCCGAGCGGGCGUUCCCCGAGCGGGCGCCCAUAGAGCGACACACGUCAGAGCGGCCGUACCCCGAGCGGCCCUACCUGGAACGGAGCUUCCUGGAGCGGCUGGGGCUGGAGCGCCCGCUGCCCGAGAGAGCGAUGGGCCUCGAGCGGCACUCCGAGGGGCGCGAGCUGCCCGGCGGAGGCCUGGAUCGCUCCGUCCUCGAGCGCUCGCUCAUGGAACGCUCGGCCCUGGAGCGGCACGUGCACGAGCGCGCGCAGGCGGCGAGGGCCUUCUUCGACAGACACGUCCAGCAGCAGCAGCAGCAGCACUUCGGGCGGGCGUCGCAGUUCUCGCCCUUCCUCUCGCCCUCGUCCCUGGCCUCCUCGCCGCCGCCCCACGCCGCGCCCGCCGUCCUGCCGCAGGAGGGCGCCUCGGGGCUCCUGGAGGACGAGGCCCGAGUGCAGGAGAUGGUGGUGGAGGAGGCCGGCGAAGACGCUGAGACUCGCCAUCAGGAGGACGACGCCGUGGAGCCCUCGUGCGACGGCGACGCGGCGGAGAGGGCCGGGCUGGGCGGCGAGCUGGCGACGGAGGACACGCCCCUGGACUCGAAGGAACACAUCAGCCUGGAGCCGACGGAGGAGGCGACCCACAUGGCCAACGACAGAUCGCCUCCGCCGCCGCCCUCGUCGCCGGAGGAGGCCAAAAUGGGCGGCGAGGGCGGGGAGGAGGACAAGCAGGGCGGCCUCGUCAAGCCCCCGUACUCGUACAUCGCGCUCAUCACCAUGGCCAUCCUGCAGGCGCCGAAGAAGCGCGUGACGCUCAGCGAGAUCUGCGAGUUCAUCAUCAAUCGGUUCCCGUACUACAAGGCCAAGUUCCCCGCGUGGCAGAACUCGAUCCGCCACAACCUGUCGCUCAACGACUGCUUCGUCAAGGUGCCCCGCGAGCCCGGCAACCCCGGCAAGGGCAACUACUGGACGCUCGACCCCGGCGCCAUCGACAUGUUCGACAACGGCUCCUUCCUGCGGCGCCGCAAGCGCUACAAGCGGCAGCCGGCGCCGGACUUCUUCAGCGACCCGCACGUGUUCUCGCUCUUCACCUCGGGCGUGCUCGACCCCUUCCAGCAGCAGCAGCUCCAGCAGGCGGCGGCGCUGCUGGGGCCGCACCACCCCAUCCUGCAGCGGCCGCCGCUCUCGCACACGCUGCUGCCGCCCCUCCGUACCUGCCCCACCUGGGGGGCCUCCCCCUGGGCCUGCCGCACCUGGAGCUGGCCCGUCAGGUGCGCCCCAUCCUCCCGCUGCAGGGCGGCAACACCCUGCUGCACCCGACGCCCGUCAAGCCCCUGGCGCUGCCCGCCGGCCUGGCGCCCCACGGCGUGCAGGCGGCCCUCAAGGCGCCGUGCGGGCCGCCGCCCCCGCAGCCCCCGUCGCCGCCCGUCGCCGUCCGCGCUGACGCAGCCGGCGGCGCCCCGCACGCACAAGCCCUUCACCAUCGACUCGCUGAUCGGCCGCGACGACGCGGGGCGCAGGAGAAGGCGCGGAGUCGCCGCGCUCGGUGAGCCCCCCCCUCCCGUCCCCGCACGGCCUGGCGGGGCUGCCCCCCCCCCCUGCACAGCUUCGGCCGCGCCCCCGCGUCGCCGUUCCACGUCCCCGCCUCGUCGCUGCCCUCCUCGUCGCCCUCCCUGCCCGCCUACCCCUCCGUCGGCAUCAGCGACGCCGACCACCGGCCCUUCCUGCACGCGGCGCUCCUCCACACCAUGGCGCAGUGAGCCCCGCCGCCGCCGCCGCCUUCAGGAACCCCUCGCCGCGCCUUCCAGCCGCCCGCCCGCUCGCACGCCCGCACGCUCGGCCAGAAAAGAAACCAAUAUAUAUCCAACUCGAAAAUGAUCACACGUAUAAAAGUUCCUUUCUCCGUUUCCUCUCCGCCCGCCGCUCUCACGCCCGCGCCUCGCCCGGGUGAGCCACGCCAUCAACGCACGCCCAUUUGUCACCCAUUGUCACCGUACGACCAACGGCAUGUGCAUAUCAUCCCUCACGCGCACGUACACACAUAGACACGCCACAGACACAUAUUUAUACUAACACACAUAAACGUACC